AUGAUAGACAAGCCGGAAGUCCAGCUUCACGACUACAGUGGAAAGCAGAUUCCUGUUGUCGCCUGCGUCAACCUUCGCGUUGUAGCAGAAGUUGAGACAGAUACUUCAAGCGAAGUGAGCACGAAAAUCACAGCCAGCCUUGUUACUCAAGUGCGAGUACCGGCUCAGAGUGGCGUAGAGAUGACUGGAUCAUUACAGCGGUUAUGUCUGGGGAGUCGUGAUGGUUUACGUUUAUUUGAACCUGAUUCCCAGUGGAUAGGUAAACGGGGAUUGGAGGCGGAAGAGUCACUGGUUACUGUUAGUCAAACCGGCGAUGUCCAAGUUAUAUUGAAGAAUCCAGGUGGUGAAUUACGCGUAGACCUAGAGGGGGACCAAAUUAUUGGUACCCUUUCAUCCUGCACAGAGGUUGAGUCUACUAGGCAUGUAAGGGAGGAAGUACUUAAUGAUCUUCCGGAAAGGAGAGCUAUUCUAGGGCGAAAGCUAGACUUUACCGAGUUCUCCGUAACUGACCCUAUGAUACAGGAAGUACGAGAAGUUGUCAUUUCACAUUCUAAAGUUUUUGCUCUGAAUGGCACUGAACUAGGAUGCACAAACAAAGUGGAACACGCGAUAGAGACAGGGGACCAUGAGCCCAUCCGAAAACACCCGUACCGGGAGGCUAUUUCACUGAGGAAGAAGAUCAGAGGCCUGAUCCAAGAUAUGUAG